AUGGGCAUUCUCACGGUUGUGCUGUGGUACGGUGGUCAUCUCGUCAUACAAGGAAGGAUCGAAUCAGGGCUACUCGUCUCGUUCUUACUGUAUCAAUUUCAACUUGGAGAGAAUCUCAGAGAAUUAGGUGAGGUGUGGAAUGGACUGAUGCAGGCUGUCGGUGCUUCAAGAAAAGUCUUCGAAUUCAUUGAUCGCGAUCCAAGAGUCAAGAACCACGGCACAUACGCUCCAGAGAAGCUUGUCGGACGAAUCGAGUUCAAGAAUGUACAGUUCAGCUAUCCUAUUCGACCAGAUCUUCCUAUCAUGACGGACCUCACUUUCACCGUUGAACCAGGCCAACUUGUCGCUUUGGUGGGUCCAUCUGGUGGCGGAAAAUCGAGUUGUAUCGCUAUGUUGGAGCAUUUCUACGAACCUAAUGGAGGAGAGGUCCUUCUGGAUGGAGUUCCUAUUCGCGAGUAUAACCACAAGUACCUGCAUACAAAAGUUGCUCUAGUCGGUCAAGAACCGGUGCUGUACGCCAGAUCCGUCACGGAGAAUAUUGGUUACGGAUUGGAUACCUACAGCAAUGAUGACGUGCAAACGUCAGCAAAGCUCGCCAAUGCCCACAGCUUUAUCAUGGACACAAGCGACGGGUACAACACGAAUGUCGGCGAGAAAGGAAGCCAAAUGUCAGGUGGACAGAAACAACGUAUUGCUAUUGCUCGAGCGCUGGUACGAGACCCAGUGGUUUUGCUGCUCGAUGAGGCCACAUCCGCUCUUGAUUCGGAAAGUGAGCAUUUGGUACAAGAGGCGAUCUCGAAGAAUCUCAAAGGUCGCACGGUGGUUCUGAUCGCCCAUCGCCUUAGCACAGUUGAGAACGCGGACAAGAUCGUCGUAAUCAAUAAUGGUCGAGUUGAGCAGAUGGGAACACAUAAAGAGCUCAUCAAUCAAGAGGGCAUGUACAAGUUGCUCGUGCAGCGACAAAUGAUGGGAGGCGACAUGGAUGAGGAAGAACCGGUAACUCCAGUGCCAGCCUCAGCUGUACCACCAAGAACUCGUCGCAUUUCCCGAGUCUCGCCUGGACAUAGCGUUUCGCAGUCCUUCCUUGGUACUUCAUUCACCAGCAACUAUUUAUAG